UUAUUUUUCAUUGCCCAAACAGAACCCAACAAAUUUUUUUUUUUGCUGAAUUAGAAAAAGGAGUAGUAUGGUUUUCUUAUGCGAACAAAUUUCCUUUUGGAUACAACUUGUGGAGGAAAGAAAUGAGUCAAUAACAAAUACCAUUUACUUGGUUGAUGUGGUUAGUGGUCCGGUUAGUUCGAAUAGUUCACCUUUCUAUUUUCCUUUUCUUAUUUAUAAUGGUUGGAAUCGGUGCUUGGAGAGUCGCACACCAUUGGUGACUUUGAAACUCUAGACAAGCUUGACUUUUCUUUAAUUUUUCUACGAAUGUUGAAUAUGAACAUUUUUUUUCAUCUAUUUUUUCUGGCUUUUUUCCAAGUCUUUGUUGGCGUGGAGAGUGGACUAGUGGAGUCGUGAUCCUAGGCAUAUUUUCCAACUUAUUUAUAUUUCUCAGAUAGAAGACAUCUUGGUAUUAGAUUACUCCAAAAGGCAACUGGUAUUGUGUUUUUUCCUUCCAAUCCAUCGUGUUAUUGACGGAAUUAACGAGCAUCCUCUUUUUCUUCCAAUACCGUAUUUCAACCCUAUUAUGCCGAUCACUGCUCUUCUUUCGUCCCCAGAUCAUAUCCGGAUAUGUCCAAAAGCGACAUCAUCUCUCCUUUCCAUUUCCGACGACAUACUGGAUACUACACUACUAAAGGAAACGAUACUAAUCUAAGACUAAGACACAGGUUUUUACUCGACUCCUCCAACUCUCUUUCAUUACGCUUUUGGAGAGUCCAUGAAACUGAGUUUCAAGGCUUGUUUAGUCUUCAAGGCACUUUGACACUUCGUACCAGUGUUACAUACUAUUCUGGAAGAGAUUUCAGAGGUAACAGGUCAAGUUACUAUCCACCUAGUUCCAUGAAUCGCCUUGACCCUGAAAAAUUUCGUAGAAGCUCUUCAUGGCCUACAUUUAGUCUAAGUGGAUUUUGGUCAGAAUCUUCAGGGAAACUCUGCAUGGUUGGAUUUGGCUCUGGCGCUAAAAGAGAUGAGUCUUUUAAUGUUCCUGCUUCACUUAAGCUCUUUAAUAUCAAGAACUCUACUAAGCUCACGAGUUUGGUUACUGGGACUCUAGAGAGCUUGGUGAGUGAAAAUGAUCCAAACUAUUUUGAUCCCGCCUCUGUUAUGAUAUUUCCUAUGUUGAAUUAUGAGUAUACUUUGGUCGCAGAAGAGUUCAACAAUAGUAAUAACAAAAAUGGUUUUGAUGAUCAAAAUGAUGUCAUUCCUCCGGGUUUGUCCUAUAAUUCUUUACCAAGAGUAUUAUGUUCACUAAUAUUCUUUGAGACUUUCGAUUUGAAAUACUCAACCCAAACUUCCACUCCUUUGGGAGAGUCCCUUAGCGAUUCUCGUAGAGUUCUAUGGCUAGAAAGAAUACAGUGUUUAGGAGUUGAGCGAAAGCUGAGACUUUUGAUAAAGUUUCCAACCAGUGUCAGUGACCUGUGGAACUACAGAACCUUAGACCCCCACACGACUUUGGUUGGGGAAGGGAUUUGGGAUGAGAAGAAGAAUCAGCUAAACGUCAUCGCUUGUCAGUUUCUUGACGCAAAAGAUUCUUGGGCUGAGGCACAUGUUGGUGAUUGUUCAACAAGAUUGAUUCUGAGAUUCCCUGCUAUCUGGACAAUUGGCAAGACCAGUAGUGUUGUGGGGUAUGUUUGGAGCAACAAAACUGAGACAGAGUUUGGUUAUUUCGAAAAGAUAAGGUUUGAAAGUCCAAAGAACUACUAUUGGGAAGGGGCUAUGGGAUUGAAUUAUGAGUACACGAAGCUUGAGAAAGUGAAAAAAUGGUGUCCCAGGAAAGUAUUUCCUGAGAAUAACGAGGAGAAGGUGUAUCCAAAGGGGUUUUCUAAUGAUAUGAGAUUUGACCUGUUUGUUAGAAGUGCCGGAAGAAAACAAGGUCGGGGCUUUGUUAAACCUCUCUAUGUUGGCAACCGAUUCUAUAAUAAGCAGGCUCUUUAUCCCACACACUUUCCACACUCAAAUCAUUCAGAUGUAGAACCUUCAAAAGACUUGAGCAGUGUAAAGCCAAUUAAUAUUAGCUAUGAAAUAAACCUCCGACUUCAUUCUGCAGUUUCUCAAGUUAAUGAAUCAUUAUCGAGUUUAAAGAUUUCUGCUGAAGGGAUUUAUGAUGAAACCACAGGAAGCUUGUGCAUGGUGGGCUGCAUAAAUGUUGGCUUAAACAGUUCCAAGUUAUGGUCAAAAGAUGGUUCUGUUGAUUGUGAGAUUCAUGUCAAUUUUCAAUUCCCUGCAAGGCAUCCGAAGGAGAAUUCAGGCUACAUAAAGGGUACCAUUGAAAGCAAACGAAAAAGAUCCGACCCUCUUCAUUUCGAAACACUGGAGUUGUCCUCGGCUGCAUUUGUUGCCAAUGAAGCGCAUGAUAUCAUUUUGAGAACAGACGUGGAGACUAUCAUGGCUAUUAUCUCCAACACGCUUGCUUGUGUUUUUGCAGUGCUGCAGAUCUUUCACCUGAGAAAGAAUCCCGAUGUGGUUCCAUUCGUUUCAUUGACCAUGCUUUUGACUCUAACUUCGGCCUACACGAUACCUCUUAUGCUGGACUUGAAAUCCAUAUUCACUACAAGUCUUAACACCCAAAAUGCGCUUCUUGGGAUUGGUGGUUGGCUUGAAGCCAAACAAAUAACUGAAGGGGUAAUAAAGGUUGCACUCUUUUUGUUCCAAGCUCGUCUUCUACAGCUCACAUGGUUGGCGAGAAGAUCAUCUGGUGGAGACAGUAACGGGCUGCAGAUGGCAGAGAAAGAGGCCAUGUUUGUGACAUUGCCAGUGUAUGCUGGAUGGGCCUUUCUCAGUAUUUUCUUCACUUGGAGGAAGAGAAAACAUGACUUUGUUAUGCCAUCUUCUGCCUUUUUGACAAGUUACAAGGAGCACCCCAUUUGGGAUACCAUGAAAUCUUGUGCUGACAUCCUCUUAGAUGGCUUUCUCUUGCCUCAAAUACUUCUCAACUUGUUCAGGGAUUCAAGAGAGGUUUCACUAGCUUAUUCCUACUACAUCGGAACAACUCUUGUCCGGAUUCUUCCCCAUGCCUAUGGUCUUUACAAGGCUCAAAACUCUGCUUCCAAACUGGUUUCGAUUGCUUGGGAUGUGGUGAUCACUUUAGGGUCUCUGAUUUUUGCAACAGUCAUUUACUUGCAGCAGCGGUUUGGGGGUCGUUUUAGGCCCAAAAAAUCUGGUGUAUAUGAGAAGGUGGCUAAUGUUGGUGAUGGUGAGAUAUGAUUAUUGCCACUCGGAUAUUUUGUACUGUCGUUUUGUGCUGCUUUCUUGAGAAAAUAAGCAUAUAUCUGUCGCUUCUUUCCUAUUUUAUGUUUCAACCAUGUGUAAGGAUUAGAUUUCCAUCGUCCAUAGCAUAAAAAUACACGGGCUUAGCUAUGUUGUUUUUCUGGUGUAUUGAACUGGCUCAAGUCUAGUUGAUGGCAAAACUAAACUAUUCCCAUAUUCAAUUUUAGUCUGCAAUUACAUCAAA